AUGGACCUAGUGAACGAUCCACUUCAUCUUAAAGCUUAUGGCACAAAAAAUGACUACUCUUAAAAGCAAGUGCAUUACCCUCAAAACAAAGAUGGGGUUGUUGAUGAGUGGAAAGCUCUGAUAGAUUAAAGACUGCGCAAACAUGAAUAUGAUCAGAAAAUAAUGGCAGGCGUUAAGAAAGUAGAAUAAAAUUCUUAUAAAAAUGAGCUUGAUGUUUUGAAGAGCACUCACGAUCAAUAAAAAUAUAUUGAGAGGAUAGGCAAGCAGCAUGAACUUAAUGACAACCAGGAAAGAAUGAAAGUUCUCCAGGAGUACAAUCAGCUCAAGAAAAAUGAAGAUAAUGAGUUAAAAAACUACCUCUCAUCAACCAAUAAAUAAAUACUUUAGGAUUCAAACCAAAGAAAGCAUGAUGAAGUGACUAAGAAUCUUUAUGACGAUUUGGAGCGAUUGAAGAGGCUAAAAAUCUCUAAUGAGGAAGAAUAGAUAAGAAAGCAGAUGGAAAAGCAGGAAUAUAUUGAGACCUAGAAUAAGUUCAUUGAGUAUAGAAAUAAACUGAAAGAGAAUGAGAAGUUAGAUAUUAAACAAAAGCAUGUAGAAUACAUCAGAUAAUGCGAAGAAAACGGAAGACUUUAGGAUUAAAAAGAUAAAAUGUACAAGUAGUUCUUUGCAAACUUUGAAAGCAAUCUUAAUUAAAGAGCAAAAAUGUACUUAGAUAAAAUUCUAGAAGAGGAGAUAAAAAAGGACAUGAUGAUGAGGAAUUGGGAAUCAAAUGGAAAUGAUCCGGUAUUCAGACAAAUGAGUGAGGAAAGAAUCAGAUAAGAGGUGGAAAAUAGACUAAAGGAUGCAUCAGAGAUAAAAGAAUUCAAUAAAUUCAUGAUAGAACAACAUGGAAGGGACAAAGAACGCUAACAUGAGAUAUAAAAAAUAGAGCUAGAAGUCAGGAAGAGAAAAGAAGAGGAUAUGAAAAUCGAUGAUGAGAGAAAGAGACAAGAGGAUAAGUAGAAUCAAAAGAUGUAUGGAAACACGCUGAGUUUUCAAAAUGAUAUUCAUAGAAAGCUAAAGAACAACUAUGGUAGUAUGACUGAAUAAGAAAAGAAGAUGAACAAGUUAGACCUGAAAUCCUAUAAACAAGGAGAAAACACUCUCCACUCAAUGAUUCCAGGUAUCAGUAAUAUUCAAUCAGUUGGCUCUUCCCCACUAAUGAGGAAAGGCGUAAAUCUUUAAUUGUCUUCGCCAAUAACUGUUUCAACUGCCUCUGGAGGUACAAUGAAUAUCCUAAGUUAGUCUGUUUAAGGUAGCUAAACAAUGGGAGAGCUGUUGAAUUAAAGCAUCAGCAGUGCAAGAGGGCUUACCAGUAAUGCUCUUAAUAGAAAUGCAUCAUCAGGGGCUAUUUUAAACAUGAGCUAAAAAAUGAGUUUAUAUGAUAAGCAUCCUGUUGUUGAGUCAAUGCUUAAUAAAAGAGUAAAUAAUCAUAUUGAUGCUGAUCUUGAAGAAAUGAGGAGAAGCUUUGAGCAAAAGAAACAAAUAACUGUCGGCUAUUACAACCCAAUCACUAAUCCUGUCCCUAAUUAUUCAUCAAAUCCUUACAUUGCCAGAGAAAGAACUAAAGCCCAUUAUAUGAUGAAUUCUUAAUCAAAACCAUUGCUGGCUUUGGCUGGAAAUAAUAUUCUUAUGUGA